UCCCUCUCCAUCGGUUUGAGGCAUAUAGAGUCCUUCCAGGCUUGGGUCUGUCACUGUGUGAUAUUGUGGUGCUUGCUGUGCUGUGUGUCGGAAACCCUAUCUGAGUGUGGAGCGCGGGUGUGUGUCGGUCGCUGUAAGGAGGGGUUUGAGUUUAGAGUGACCGUGGUAAAGGGAGUUCGACGAUGUCUGGGCGUGGCAAAGGAGGGAAGGGGCUUGGGAAGGGUGGCGCGAAGCGUCAUCGGAAAGUGUUGCGUGAUAACAUCCAGGGUAUCACGAAGCCUGCGAUCCGGCGUCUGGCUCGUCGUGGAGGAGUGAAGCGUAUCAGUGGGCUGAUUUACGAGGAGACUCGCGGCGUGCUGAAGAUAUUUUUGGAGAAUGUGAUCAGGGACGCGGUGACGUACACGGAGCACGCUCGGCGGAAGACGGUGACGGCGAUGGAUGUGGUGUAUGCGUUGAAGAGGCAGGGGCGGACGCUUUACGGGUUCGGAGGGUAGAGCGGAAGGGCGGGCCGGGGGUGGCUCAAAAUCGACGGUGUUCUUGAACACCACCUCUUUGUGGAAUGAGGGAUCUCCGGUUGGGUUCUGGUGUGUGUGUGUGUGGGGGGGGGUGUUGCGUGGUUGUUUUUGGGAUGAACAGUGGGUAUGGGAGCGUGGUGUGCAUGGUGCGUUGUCCGUUUUGAUGUUGUGUUUUUGCAAUGUGUGAGAGAGGGUGGUAGUGUAGGGGGCACCUCGUGGCAGUGAUGAGACAUAUUGUCCGUACCAUUUGAGGCGAAAGCUAUGCUGAAUGGCAAGAUCUGAAGCUUCGAGGUGUAGGGUUGUAGCGAUGUGAUGGUGAAGGCGUGGAUGCGUUCGGCAGGAGUUUGGAGCGAGAGCGUGUUGCGUGUUUAGGCGUGUUGUGUGGGAAGAUGUGGAGGCAUGCUGCAGGGCAGCGUCCGAAAUUGGUGCGAGACGAGAGCGUGCGAUAACUGUGAUCCGGCAUGUGAUAUCAUGCGAAGAGAAACUUGGCAGGGCGUGGUAACACAUUCGGAGGGUAGGGUCGGUAGACGGGAGUAGUACCGUGACGCGGCUUAGAUGUGUAUCGGCGGCGGCGGAUUGGGAAGUCGUCCGCAUCCGUUGUAGUCUAGAUGGUUAGGAUACUCGGCUCUCACCCGAGCGACCCGGGUUCGAGUCCCGGCAACGGAAGCUCCCGAGUGAUAAAAUGGACUACACAUGGUUUUUUCCUCUUUU